AUGCACUUUGAUGAUUUGCUGUUAGUUUCACAAGCACAAUCAGAGAUCCUACAUACACUAGCAGCUGAAGUUGCCGCUCUGUUGCAGCAAUGCUCUGAAGAAGAGUGUGAGCCAAGUGAUCAUGAUAUCAGCUCUGCGCUAUUUAAAGUCUUGAAGAAUUUUACAGAUGUUGAGAAACGCUGUCUGGGAUCAAUUGGACCUCAUGUUGAAGAAACUCCGACUGGCGCCAAUACCGCAUCAGUAUCUUGGUGGCGGGAACCGGACCCAGUGUGCUGA